AAAAUUCCACUUUGAAGAUAUUUGUAUAAUUAAAAAUAGAGCACAGUGGAACACCAUAUGAAAUCACUUAGCAAAUGAAGGACAUCAGAGACGCCUAUAACUAGCUCCAAAGUUAGUGGUGGCAGUAGCAUCAGUAUCAAAGAAAGAAGAAGCUAAAGAAAGAAAGAAAGGGAGAGAUGGAAUUAGUGAGGAAAGGGCCAUGGACAGAGAAGGAGGACUUGCAACUGGUAUGCUAUGUAGGCUUGUUCGGAGAACGUCGUUGGGAUUUUAUAGCAAAAGUAUCAGGUUUGAAGGUUAUGGCGGGGGUAUAGCUAGGUUACGUUGGGUUAAUUACUUACAUCCUGGCCUUAAACGUGGCCGUAUGUCCCCUCAAGAAGAACGUCUUGUUCUUGAACUCCACUCUCGCUGGGGCAAUAGAUGGUCUAGAAUAGCUAGAAGACUACCUGGUCGCACUGAUAAUGAGAUUAAGAAUUACUGGAGGACUCAUAUGAGGAAGAAGGCACAAGAAAGAAAGAAAAACUUGGCUGGAGAAACUAGUGCUAGUGUUUGUACUAGUACUAGUACUAGUACUACAACUGUUGAUGCAAGCACUACUGAUAAUACUACUAUUACUACUACUUUGACAGCAGGUUUUGAAGAUGAAAUGGAUGGGUAUCCAAUUGAUAAGAUUUGGAAUGAGUUAUCUUGUGAUGCUUCACCUGUUUUGGAUUGUACUACUUGCUCUAGUUCUGAUGAACUUUGGAAUUUGGAUGAUGAAGAGGAAUUAUUACCUAACUCUAUGAGUGAUUGUUUGGUUCCUGCUCUGUAUCAACAACAUCGCUAGCUAGCUGAAACUUAUGAUUAUGUUUUUCAAUUUCUGUAAUAUUUUGUUUUCACUACUGUAAUUUUUAUAUGUAUGUAUGGAUGUAUGUAUGUAAGAUAAAGAGAUCAUGAUCAUGUUCUUGUUGUUAUUAAUUCUACUUUUAAUGAAAAGUGAAGCAGUGCACGC